CUCUUGUCUCCCUCUUACACACACUGAACCUGACAUUCUCGGGUGGCGCCGCAAAACAGCACCGCUCGAAAAUUACGAAAUAGGAUAGAAGGAUUAUUUUUCUUUGAGUCGCGUUUGAAGUCGAAAUGGAUUUUUUUGGACGCAAGAACGACAGCGAGGGGAAGACUCCCUUGGAGAAUUCAGAGAAGAUUUCAGAGAGAGUCUCAGAGAUUGGACUGGUCUGCCGCCAAAUUGAAUACAAUGCGCAGAAGAAUCUCGCUGACACUGGGCGCUUGGUGCUUGCGCAGGGGAAUCAGUCACCGUGGGAACAGAAGAAGACGAACCACGAUGAUAUUAAAAGCUGGAUGUGUUAUCAGGACAAUCUGUCAGCGGAGAAGAAGAAGAAAAUUAAACACAAUGAUAUCAAACGCUGGGUGUUUACGCAAAACAAACACUUAAAGCUGGGGUCGAAUGAGAUGCCCAGCGAAGAGACAAUGCUCGAUGGUCCCCAAAAUGAUUAUGAGGUACUGAGGGAGCUCGAUGAAGCUGAACGUACCUUGAUUGCGCAGGAAAAACUUUUGUUUGGACUUUCGUCUCUACCUCAGGAAACUUCGUCCUUUGAUGCCUAUUUUAACAUGACAUCUUCGAAGGACUGUGACAUCAACAUGGAUGACCCCAAGUUGAGUGGUGAUCACCCUAAGCAAGCUGCUAAGAAUCAGCACAAAGGCAGCUGGCAUAGCGUUUUGGAUGCACAAAAAAUUAAUGGGGCAUCUCCCAUUGUCGGCAAGCCCGUGCAGUACAUGUUCGCCCUUCCGCACCCAUCGCUGUUCGCUGGGAGCCAGAUACCACUUGUACUUCCUGCUGGAUAUAUUCUGUUAAGCUUGGAGGAAAUCAAAAAUCCUAACCACUGGUCGCUUCGCCCAAACUAAUCUUUUCUGCCAAAUAGCCCUGACAUGUUGAAGUACAGCAGAUACAUGCGUACGUAGUACGGAUGGUUAUCAUUUUCAUUAAAGAUAAUAUAAUUAA